AUUAACUACUGGAGGCUGGAGCGUCGCGUCAGGACUCGGGAGGCGUCGCCGGCCGGUGUCACCGGGGUUCAACCUUGUUAGUUAAUUUGGUAUGAUAUUGUCGCAAAAGCUGCUCCUAUGGAAGUUGAGCUGACGAACAUUCAGAAAGCUACAUCAAGUGAUUACUGGAGUUUGGCCAGCAAUCAAUAUCCAUGUGGUAAAUUCCCUAAGGUAUCAGUCGGCAUCACAAUUCCGAGGGCGAGCUCUGUAUCAAGAGGCAGAGAUGCUGCUAGUAACGCUGCAUUUGAGAGGAACUUGUCCCAGGGAACUGAUGGAAGAUCUAGACCUCCCAAAAUGGAUAAUGCUUCACUUCGGGUCUCUCCAGAAGCUGCAAACCAUGAUGGGUCUGUUGAAACGGUGCCUAAACCUGUCCCUGCUAAGGUUUCUGUAUCACAACCUGACGAUAAUGCACUUGAGCAAACAGGAACCUUUUCCUUUGGAACAAGAAGAGAACAAGACAGUCAUCUUAAUCAAUUAGAUAGGCCACCACUUGUGAGUUCCCAAGGAAAACGUCAAAUGGAAUCUGCAGAUAAAAACAAGCCCAACAGCGAAGUGCUCAGGAUGAAGCUGUGGGAGAUCCUUGGUGGUGCUUCACAAAACAAGGAGGCUGUUUCUUCUCCAAAUCCUGAAGACAUCGAGACUCCAUGCCAACCUAAAAGUCAAACUGCCAAUGGACCAUCAUUGGGGAGAAAGCAGGUUUUCACGUCACCUGUUCCUUAUAACAUCAAGACACCAGCUCAGCUUAACAGUCAAACAGCGAACAAACCAUCCUCUGAUCCAAUUGAGUCAGACUCUGACAGUCCACAAGUAGUUGAAGUAAGACCUAUUACUCGUUCAUUGGGUCGCAAGAAAGCACCAGCAGCCUCCACGCAUCAGGAUAAAAGCGGGAGUGCAAAGAAACCAUUGUCCACUCAUCGUUCUACACCCAAGCAGAAAGUGGUGGAUAAUGUGUUUGCCUUCAACGAUAAAUGCACACCUAAGACAGUAGGAAAAUCUGCAAUUGGUGAUUCUGGUAGCUUGAGAAAUCGUAGAAGCUCGAGUAGGAAGGCUAAAAUUGAGCCAAAGAAGGCACGUUGUUCAGACAGGAUUUCUGAUAAGACCACACAGGAUGGUUCGGAAAGAAAGGUACCUUCUAAAUAUGUGCCAUCGGAGAAUAAAGGUGAGAAAGCAAACUCCUUUUCUUCUUUAUCCCGAGCAGGAAAAACUGCUGAGAGCUGUUCUAGAAGCCCUAAAAGGGAGAUAAGGGUGAAUAUGAUGGCUAAUGUUGGGCCUCGGAAAAUGCAGUUUACUGAAAAUUUACCGGCCAAGACUCUGAAUGAUGGUGAACAUAAGCCUUCUUCUCCUCAACUUACUUCCUUAAAGAACAAGGGAAAAUGUUCUUCUAUAUCGCCUCGUCAGAAGGAGAAAGAUAAUACCCACGUCCCUGAAGCUUCAGACAGAACAGCAGGAGGGGAUAGUUUUAACUCCACACCUUCUGGUGGUGUUAAUCCAUCCCCUGUAUUGAAGAAGUACUCAUGGGAACGUGAUGCAAGUCCUGAGAUAUAUGGGAAAUUUGUACAGAAGGAUGCCAGUCCAUUGGCAGACAGAUUCAGAGACAUGCCAGAUGAUUUUGCUAGUCCUACUUUUGCAGCUAACAUAAAAAUAUCCCCUCAGAGAAGUAAAAUGCUAGACGAUGACCUCUUUAGCUCGAAAUAUCCAAAACGUGUGAACAGGUCAAGAUCAACUUCCUAUGCCUCAGAUCCAGAAUUUGAGCCAUUGGACGAAAUGGAGAAAACCAAUGAGUUACCUGGCAGUGAAUCUCCUAUUUCUCAGGAGGAAGGACAGAACAGAAAACAACCAUCUCUUUCGCCCCUUUCUCCUAUUGAUAAUGAAGGGGCUCAAAGUUCUAUUCCAAGCUUUAGAAAAGGAUAUAAAUCUCACAAAUGGCUUUCAGAUGUUGACAGCCCUGAUAAAUCUUCUCUUGAACAUAUGGGCCAAAAAUCACAUCUAAAAGAUGGUAGAAAGGGCAAAAGACAAUUUCCUUCGUCUACCCCUUUUGCAAAUUCUGAUACGCAAGAAACUGCCAUGUUAGACAAAGAACCAGAGCAAUGCCCAGAAAACUACCUAACAAGGGCUUUUGAUCAAUUAGUAGUGGUGCUAGGAAGGUUCCAAACCAAAAUCAAGUCUGAAACAAGCAAUAAAAGUUCUAAGAUACUUUCAGCUACUGGAGAGAGAAUACGCCAGCACCUUGAAGGGGUUGAGGGGCAGAUGCAGGCUGAUGUGGAUAAGUUGGUCAAUGCAGGGAAAUCUAAAAGGAAACGUUUAGAGUCAACAUAUGAAGAACAACAAGAAAAGUUAAGGGUUCUUCAUGAGAAGUUCAAGGAGGAGGUCAACCAGCAGUUGCUUGGUUGCAAGAAUUCUCUUGAGGACUUUGAGGCCUACCACACAGAACUUAAGGAAGUUGCUGACAAGCAAAAAGCGUCACACAAGAAGCUUCUUCAGAAUGCUGAGAAAACAGUCGGCGCACAGCUCAACGACGCAGAAACCAAAAUUGCUGAGAUCCAGAAGAGGGCGAGGAAGAGGAUGAAGGGACUUAAAUAUGUCCUCAAGGAGCUCAUUGCAGAGUAACCAAACCAAGCUGGUUUACUCUGUAGAAGUACAUAUCAAAAGAUGUUUUGACUAGGUCGUACAGUUUCAUUUACAAAAAAAAGGUACAGGAAAAUAGUGUCAGAAUGCACAUAUAUGAUUAUAGGUUCCUUACAAGUUGAACUUAAAUAAGACAAUUUUAGCUAAUUCGUAGCAUCAUUUCGUACGUUCUAGAUUGCCUAACUGGUGAACCGAUUAUCAGAUAGACAGACAUUUCUAGCGGUGUCAGUUCGAGUAACUUACAUUCCUGAGUGCCAACGCAAUACUUGUGCUGUGUACUGUCAUUGCUCAUUUUAUCUUGGACUGGGCAAAACUCAUAAGUUGGAUUACCGUCUAUUGUAAAUGCGGUGCAAAUGUUUAUUAUACAUGGUUUGAUUUUAUGUCAUGUGGACAGUUGAAAAAUGAAAUUUGGUACCAUGAUUUUCUGAUGAGAAUACA